AAAGAACCGACUCGAAGAGCCGACUCGCUCAGGAUCGACACCUCGUUAGUGGUCACUAACCGGACACGAUUCUGGACCGGCUGGUGACACAUUGACAGGUUUAAAUCCAGUUGUGUCGACCAUCAGCCAUGGCUUUCAGCAAAGGAUAUCGUGUUUAUCACAAGCUGGACCCCCCACCUUACAGCGUGAUUGUAGAAACAAGAAAUCGUGAAGAAUGCUUGAUGUUUGAGUCUGGAGCUGUGGCUGUUCUGUCGGCUGCAGAGAAAGAAGCUGUCAAGAGCACGUACACCAAGAUGUUGGAUGCUUAUGGCAUUCUUGGGGUUCUUCGGCUUAACUUGGGCGACUCCAUGCUGCACAGUUUGGUGUUAGUGACUGGAUGCAGUUCGGUGGGGAAAGUGCAGGAGUCAGAAGUCUUCAGGGUCACAGCCACAGACUUUAUCUCCCUAAAGAACGAUCCAUCAGAUGAGGACCGGAUUGCAGAAGUGCGAAAGGUUCUAAACUCGGGCAACUUUUAUUUUGCCUGGUCGUCUAGCGGGACAAGUAUAGACCUGAGUCUGAAUGCACACCGCAGGAUCAGAGAAGACACCUCAGACAAUCGUUUUUUUUGGAAUCAAUCCCUGCAUCUGCACCUAAAGCAUUAUGGGGUGAACUGUGAUGACUGGCUGUUGAGGUUGAUGUGUGGUGGAGUGGAGAUCCGCACCAUCUACGCUGGCCACAAGCAGGCCAAAGCCUGUGUUAUCUCCCGCCUCAGCUCUGAGAGGGCAGGCACGCGCUUCAACGUACGCGGAACCAACGACGAUGGCCAGGUGGCUAACUUUGUGGAGACGGAGCAGGUUAUUUUUCUGGAUGACAAAGUCUCAUCUUUCAUUCAAAUCCGUGGAUCUAUACCGUUGUUCUGGGAGCAGCCUGGUAUACAGGUUGGUUCCCACCGAGUCAAGCUGUCCCGGGGUUUUGAGGCCAACGCCCCAGCUUUUGAGAGGCAUUUUACAGCUCUAAGAAGGCUCUAUGGUAAACAGUUGAUCAUUAACCUGCUGGGCAUGAAAGAGGGGGAGCACAUGCUAAGCAAGGCAUUCCAGAGUCACCUGAAAGCUUCAGAGCAUGCACAUUGUGUGAAGAUGAUCAACUUUGACUACCACCAAAUGGUGAGAGGAGGGAAGACAGAGAAACUCUUGACUGUGCUGAAACCACAGAUCAGCAAGUUCCUAGACGAAUGUGGCUUCUUCUAUUACUCUGCUGGGACUGGAAUUGAAAAAUGUCAGUCUGGGACACUGCGAGUGAACUGUUUGGACUGCCUGGACAGGACAAAUAGCGUCCAAGCUUUCUUUGCACUUGAGAUGUUGCCCAAGCAGCUGGAAGCCAUGGGCCUUACAGAGAAGCCCCAGCUGGUGGCACGCUUUCAGGAGGUUUUCCGCACCAUGUGGUCAGUCAGUGGAGACUCAAUCAGCAAGAUCUAUACUGGCACAGGUGCUUUAGAUGGCAAAGCUAAGACUGGAAAGCUGAAAGACGGAGCGCGCUCAGUCACCAGGACCAUCCAGAAUAACUUCUUUGACAGCUCAAAGCAAGAAGCCAUUGAUAUUCUGAGGCUGGGCAGCACUUUAAACAGUAACCUUGCUGAUAAAGCUAGAGCUCUCCUCACCACCAGCAGCCUGUAUGUCUCUGAGCCCAUAUUACAAUCAGCAUCUCCCCGAGUGUUGCUUGGCAUGUGUCAGAACCACCACAAAUACACACAUCCUAAAAAGAUCCGUGUAUGUGUGGGGACGUGGAACGUCAAUGGAGGCAAGCAGUUCCGUAGCAUCGCGUUUCGGAAUCAGACACUCAGUGACUGGCUGCUAGACGCACCAAAAAUAGCCGGCCACCCCGAGUUUCAGGACAGCAGAUCCCAGCCUGCAGACAUCUUUGCCAUUGGCUUUGAGGAAAUGGUGGAGCUGAAUGCUGGCAACAUAGUCAGUGCAAGCACCACCAAUCAGAAGCUGUGGGCAGCAGAGCUGCAGAAGAGCAUUUCACGAGAUCAUAAGUAUGUGCUCCUGGCCUCAGAGCAGCUGGUGGGAGUCUGCCUCUUUAUCUUCAUUCGACCACAGCAUGCUGCAUUUAUCAGAGAUGUUGCAGUAGACACAGUCAAGACUGGAAUGGGUGGUGCCACAGGAAACAAAGGGGGUGUGGCUAUCCGCAUGCUUUUCCACACCACCAGUAUCUGCUUUGUGUGCUCGCAUUUUGCCGCCGGCCAGUCACAGGUCAAGGAGCGAAAUGAUGACUACAAUGAGAUCACUCGCAAGCUGUCAUUCCCUAUGGGACGUCUGCUCUACUCCCAUGAUUAUGUGUUCUGGUGUGGAGAUUUCAAUUACCGCAUCAGCCUGCCGAACGAGGAGGUAAAAGAUCUGAUCAGGCAGCAGAACUGGGAUGCUUUAAUCACUGGAGACCAGCUUGUUGAACAGAAGAAUGCAGGCCAGGUAUUCUCAGGCUUUAUUGAGGGAAAGCUGGAUUUUGCUCCUACCUACAAGUAUGACCUGUUUUCUGAUGACUAUGACACAAGCGAGAAAUGCCGCACGCCUGCGUGGACCGACCGUGUGCUCUGGAAGAGGAGAAAGUGGGACUUUCAGAAAAUUGCUGAGGAGUUAGAGCUAAAUGUCGUAGGAGCACCAGAAGAUGAGGAAGAUCAGCACCAGUGGAGCCCUGGCGAUCUAAAGUUCUACAGCAGAGCCGAGCUCAAAACGUCAGACCACAGGCCAGUGGUAGCCAUCAUCGAUGUUGAUAUUCUUGAGGUGAAUCCAGAAGCACGAAAUCAGGUAUACAAAGACGUGAUCGCCCUGCAAGGUCCACCCGAUGGGACUGUGCUAGUAUCUCUGUGCAGUUCAGGGCCUGAUGACUACUUUGAUGAUGCUCUGAUAGAUGAACUACUGGACAAGUUUGCCAACUUUGGCGAGGUCAUUUUGAUCAGGUUUGUGGAGGAAAAGAUGUGGGUCACAUUUUUGGAAGGGUAUUCUGCACUGGCUGCACUUUCACUGAGUGCCUCCACUGUGAUGGGGAAAACCAUAGACAUCCGUUUGAAGAGCCCGGGCUGGAUCAAGAGUUUGGAAGAAGAAAUGAGUGUGGAGAGGAUCUGUGGUAACAUUCCUACCUCCUCCAGCUCCACGCUGCUCGCCGAAGACAAUGACAUGGGAGACGAGUUUGACAUGGAAGGUGAUGUGGAUGAGGAAGUAGAGGAUAUUCUUCCCCAGCACCUGCAACCUGGGGCCGGUAUGGACGUUGGUACUUCCCCAUUACCCUCGCCUCGUACCAGCCCGUGCCCCUCACCAACACAUGGAGAACCCGCACCCCCUUGCAGGCCAAGCAGGGUUCCACCACGCACAGCCGGACCCCCGCAAGUUAUUCCUUUGGAAAGUCAGGUUUUAGGAGCUUCUGCAUCACAAGGACUGGAACCAAAACGGCCUCCUCCCCCACGACCCAACGCUCCGCCAGCCAGACCUGCACCUCCACAACGUCCCCCUCCUCCCUCAGGACAAAAAAGCCCUGCUUUACCCAGAGCAGAUGUCGCUGGACGAGGCCAGUCUACAGGAGCUCCAAGCAGUUCAAGGCCGAACAUCCCUCCUAGGGCAGGUGUUAUCAGUGUGCCACCACAAUCCAGACCACCACCUCCUGCCCACCCUGGAGCACCCAGACCAAUAGCUGAGGUUCACCCAGGAGCCCCCCGACCCACUCCAGAUAACCACCCUGGAGCCCCAAGACCUGUCCCAAAUGCACAAAACAAACCAGCUGAGCUCCCUCUGGCACCGCCUCCUUCACUGCCCGGUCCCAUGAGGCCUCAGAUGGUCUCUCCAAUGCAGCCUCAGGCCAGCUCCCCCAUUCGGCCCCCAAUACAGUCCCAGCUGCCUCCACCUAUGAUACCCACGCUACCAGCACCAAUGGUACCUACGCUUCCCCCACCUAUGGCGCCAUCAGUGGCCGCUCCGCAGCCAGCUACUGCAGGCCCUGUAUCAGCCGUGCCACCUCAGUCUGGCCUGGCCUCACCCAAACCACCACCCCGUAGCCGCUCCUCACAUGCCCUGCCACCAGAGGCUGCUCCUGCUCCUGCUCCUUCUCCUGCUUCUGAUUCUCAGACAAAUGGAACAAAUGAAACUCAAAGAGAAGCACACCUGGAAAUGACCCCCUUUGACCCGCUCUGCUCUGAUCUGUUCUCCUCCUCUUCCUGGUUAAACAACCAAUCCCUGUCUAGAGGUUCUUCGCUUCACAGCUCCUUCCACUCAUCCGCCAGUUCGCGUUCUCUAAAUUCCACUCCAAUUCCUCUGUUUCCCCAGUCUAACCCAAUGCUGAACCUUGACCCCAUGUCAGGGUUGCUGCCCCCUCCCCCUCCUUCACGCAGCCGCUCACAGGAAACCCUCCCAGUCUCCUCGAACCCCUUUUCUGAUGUCCAAUCCAGACCCAACAGCACUAACCCAUUUACUGGCACGAUGGCAGCAUCACAGCAUCGUUCACUCACACCUGAUUUUGACGCCAAGUCAGGCCUUUACACAGCCACAUCCGCCCUUGGUCACAGUUCAACUCUGCCUUCAUCCUUCUCCAGGCAACCUCCACCAGCUUUAGCUCCGCCGACACCCAAAGGCCAGCAAUGGGUGACCUUUGAUGAUGAUUCGGACUUUCACAAGUCAGGAAAAGCUCCAGCUUCAAGUGCAGUUAUAAAACCUCCACUUCUACCUUUGCCUACUAGUACAAUGGUCCAGCAGCUCCCUCAAAGCAACCUCCCCACCUCUGUGUUUGACUCUAACAGUAACUGGGCUUCUCCUACCACACCCGCAUUUCCAACACUGCCCCCUCCUGUGCCAGGCAGGACUAACGCUAAUGUAACCACAAGAAGCCCCUUGAUGCCAGAGUUCAUGGAAAGAUAAUAUAUAUAUUGUAAUGUUUUAUGACAUUGAAGUGUGUAUGGGAAAACUAGAGAAUUUUCUUAUUUAUGUGUGUCGUUCGUAUAAAAGUGUGCAAUCCAUGUGAUGUCUCUCUGAAAUGGAUUAUACAGUCACUCAGCCCUAAUCAGGCCUAGAUUAAAUAUUCUGAUUCUUCUACUUGUACACAUAUUACGAAAAACAUGUACAUACACAACUAUGUGUGAAAUUCUUGGCAAUAUUUUAUUUUUCAGAUGCUUAUCAAAAUUUAUGCAUUUUCCUUUUUACCACUGGAUGGUUAUGCAGCAUUUAAAGUAAUUGCAAGCUGCAAAACUGUUAAAUGCACAGUGUGUAAUUUAGAAUCCUUAGAGAGAUUUUAGAUUUAAAGAGAUAUUAGACUUUUAUCAAGUCCUUUGGAAUUUGAGAUUUAAAAAAUUGCUAUGGUACACAGUGACUCAGUGGCCCUCUCUUAUGAGUUCUCUCUCGUUAUGAAUGUAAGUGCAGUCUAUUUUAUGUUUAAUGUCGCUAUUUUUCCCCAAAGUGGUUUAUAUCUUUCAUUACUGUGUAACACUGAUUUAUUGAAUUAUGCAGGUCCACUUUUUUUCUGUGUUCUAUCGCUAAAGCAACAUGUUCACGUAUAUAAGUUGUGGAUAGAUGUAACACGUAGCCUUUAAUGUGAUUUACAUAUGUACCUGCCAUACUGGUAUUGCACUGAAAUACUAUUAUCCUUUAGGUCUUCAAAUACACUUUGAAGCCAAAGUUUUGACUUUUCAGGUUUGAGAAAGCAGAAAGCAUAUCUGUUUCCUGGCACGAGUGCUGUGACUCCCCCCCCCCAUGCCCUCAGCCGAGUGUGUUUUCCUUGCUUCUGUUUCACAUAAUCCAAAGCGUUCAACAGAACCGCUGUGCAUUUAAUGAAUGUGCUUAUUUUACUGAGCUCUGGUGUUAGUCUAUGGUGCCAAGAUGUGCGACCCUGACCGUACCAGAAAGCUAUGUGUAUUUAAUCGCACAUUUUUUGAAUUCACAGUGAGUUGGUACUUCAGUUUCACUAAGAAUGUGGUUCUUUCUGUUCUUUGUGUGAGAAAAUAGUAUGCCGUGUCUUGGCUGAGUGCUCUCUGUCUACAUAUAUGUUCUGUGUACGUCUGUGCUAUUGGGGUGAGGUCUUGUUGUUUAAAAAGUUUACCCAGCUCUGUGUGCAUCCACACUUCUGGUUCAUAAUAACUAUAACAGGUCCUUUAAGCAUGUUAAAACACGCACAGAAAUGUAAUAUAUCAGUUAAAUUUUUCCUUAUCUGAUUAGCACCUUUUUUACCUUCUUGAUACCCAGUGUUGCCGGUUACCUUCACUCUGCAAAAAUCAUGUCAUCAUCAGUUUGGAGGUCAUAUUACAUUCUGUACAUUCCAUCCUGUAUACUGUACUGCUGUUUUGAUCUGGUAAUCUGCUCUUGAUAUUUGAGGAUUAAUAUUGUUUAUUGUGCAGUGUUAUACCACAUUCAUUCUUUGUUCAAGUGUUGGUGUAAGUGCUACUCUGUUUGCAGUUUUCACAUUUCAGUCAUUCUUAAGUUACAUGGCUGCAUAACUAAAUACUUUUAAUUCCUAACUUACUAUUUUUUAAACACUUUAAGAGGGCAUUCUAUAGGAAAUCGUAAAGGGGACAAAGAAAACUGGAGAUGAGCAAGCCUCCACGUUUUAUUGCGUGCAUCUAAUUUUUUUGACACAUUUGACUGUCAGUUUUGUGUUCAAGUGUGAGAAAUGGAUGCCAAGACCUGUCAUUUCCUUUCAAUAUGAUCAUGUAUUCAUGUGGUCCAGUUCAUAUGGAGGGCUUGCUUAUUGACUGGAUAUAAAAUUAUGUAGGUAUGCUACAGAAACUGUACAGUAACUUUAAAGAGGAUGAUGUUUCCACACUUUCUACACUUUUUUUUUUAUUUUAAGAAUAAAGCCAUUUCAAACUUAAAUAUUACCCUUGAGGCAACAUAUGAAAAGGUAGAUACCUCAAUCAGUCCUAAAUUUAUCCCCUCUAAAAUAUGACUGGGAAAUUCUUAGAUUUGUUUUAUUUCAGCUUAUAGAAAUAACCACUGGAUAAUAAUAGCAUUACAUGUACUGUUUAGUUGUAUUCUGCUAAUAAUCACAAAGUCAUGCAAAUAUAUAACUAUUAACUCGUUUUGUGAAAAAGUUUCAAACUUUAGAUCAGUAGUAGUUAUCCUUGUGUUGUUAACCGUAAAUAUAAGUAUACACACAAACCAUGACUGCAGUUUAGUACUUGGUAUUCAACCUGUGAUUUAAAUUCUUAUCAAAUUGCACAACUGUAUGGAGUAAUUGAUGUUGUACGUAUGCAAUAAUAAAUGUAAAUGUAUAAAUGUAAAAGUA